AUGGCUUCUCAUGAAGGAAAAGUGAUCGCGGUCACCGGCGCAGCAAGUGGUAUGGGACUUGCCACUGCUCAGCUACUCGCAUCCCGAGGUGCCUCCAUCUCGCUCGCGGAUCUGAACGAGGACGCAUUAAAAAUAGCCAUCAAUUCAUUGCCAGGUGGCCAUCAGAAGCACAUUGCUACCAGGGUUGAUGUCCGAGAUGAGCUUUCUGUUGCGGCAUGGAUCGAAAAGACAAUAUAUCGAUUUGGCAAGAUUGAUGGUGCCGUGAAUAUGGCCGGAGUAUUAGGGCCUCAAGCCCCAGUCACUGGUACAAGUGUGAAGCAAUUGGAGUUUGUUCUCUCAGUAAAUGUCACUGGAGUUUUUAAUUGCCUCCGUGCCCAGCUGAGCGUCAUGAAAGGCGGCAGCAUUGUGUCAGCCGCUAGUACCUUUGGUCAAAUAACUAUGCCCAAUGCCUCUGCAUACUGUGCCAGCAAAGCCGCGGUGAUCGCCAUAUCAAAGGCAGCUGCAAAGGAAAACAGAAAUGUCCGAAUCAAUUGUGUUUCGCCAGGCACUGUUCUCACCCCAAUGUCUGCAGACCAUGACCCUAAACGUGUGGAGUCUGGUGUCAUGGCAAACGCACAGAGGAGACUUGGGUCUGCCGAAGAAGUUGCGAAGGUGAUCGCUUUUCUAGUUAGCGAAGAGUCCAGCUUUGUUACUGGAGCUGUCUAUAACGUUGACGGUGGUUGGAUAUACUAA